ACACACACACACACACACACACACACUCUCUCUCUUGUGAACAGCAGCCAGUAUUGCUCAUCAAAUGCUGGGAAGGUUUAUUUAUGGCUCAGGUUUAAAAUGUUGAGAUUCCCACCAGGAUAUUGGCUGUUAAGCAGCCUCUCAUCUUAGCACACGUUGUACAUUCCUUUUGUAUUGUUUCUUCUGUUUGGGGUUAUAAAAAAGAAGGAGAAACAAAACACAUUAAAGGGGUACUCUGGCAAUUCAGUAUUGCACUUCCAUUGAGUCGGGGGACCAUAAAGGCUGAUCUACUCUAAUUUAUAGAACAAAAACUAAAUCAGAGUUGGAGAUACUGACUUUUAGAACUGAAGUGAUUGGUCAAUUAAUCAAUCAGUCGAUCGUUACGACAGUAACUUGAAUCUAUUUGGGUUUUUGGACAUUUGAAGAUGUCAUGUUGUACUAUUAUGAUGGACAUUAUUCACUAUUUGUUUGAACAAGUGGAUGAACUGUUAAUCCGCCGUGACAGAGUAGAAAACUCCAUGUUCACAAUUUGCUCUAAAAUCUGUUUUAGGUAAUGUUAUUACAUGUGGUCAGAUACAAAGGAACCCAAAGUGCAUCAAGAAUGGACUGUGAUCUGAUCACUGACAUCCAGAUGUGUGGCGCAUUAGGCUUCACAUUACACCUCAGGACAGCAGCUUAUGUGGCAUUCUCACCAAAUCACAUCAACAACACAGUGAAGGAUUCUAACCAGCUGUUAACAUGUUAACAUGUUCAGCUACGGCCGGCAUGGUAAAACAUGUUGGUAACAAGAAAAAAGUCACCUGUUGAGUUGAGCUGAGCCUCACAAACUACUUCACAACAGAGCAGCCGCGCAAUGAAAUAGUUUACCAGCUCAGUUUGCGUCUGUUUUCUCUCUGACAUGGAAUAUGCUCCUUGGAAGGUUGAUGUUUGUUUAAACCUAGCAUCUGAACCAGAAAAUCAAAAAGAAGAAACAACAUGGAUGCCCUUAACAGCUACUGUCUUUAUCGGCAACAUCAUGACUAACAUUUUACUUACAAAUUCAUUAUUUAGAUUUCCCUGUACCUAUAAGGAUGAUGCCUGGACAAUAGAGUUAUGUCAGAAGUUUUUUCUCCAAAAGACUGUCCUAACUAAAUUCUCUGGUUCUUUUUUUUUUCUUUUACUUCCAGACUUCCACAGUUCAAAGAGGAGGCCAAGAGUUUUGUGGGUGCCAACAUGAAGAAGGCUUACAAUAUCUUGUGGAAAAACAAACGAGUGCAGUUGAAGAUGCGUGCCGGUGGGAUGAGUGAGUCAUCCAAAUGGAAGAAGCAGAAACGCUCGCCGAGGCCGCCUCGCCACAUGGUCCGAAGUCCCUCCGGUCAGAUGGACUCAACCCAGUCCAGCACCCUCAGCAACAACAACCUUUCAUGUGGCGUCCCGUUCAUUGAGCAAGGCUUGUCCACCUCGAGCCUAGACAGCGCUGCUUCGUCCGUUUCCAGCCCUACAACCACAGACAGUGGCCUGGACACCUGUUCCAAAGCCACCUCCAGGGAAGACCUUUCUGACCUGGAACAGUGUAACUCAUCUCCCACCACCCCUUGCACUGCUACCACACUUCCUGGGCCCGAGCCCGGCUCUCCGGAUGCACAGUUUGAGGACAGGCAGGUUGGACCGGUUCAUUCGGCCUCAGUGGAGUCCAUCCCUGAGGUUCUGGAGGACAAAGACUCCGUUACAGAGCAAUCAGACGGCACCUCUAUCCAUGACAUGGACUAUGUCAAUCCCAGAGGAGUGCGUUUCACACAGUCCACACAAAGAGACGGAGCGUCCAUUAUCCCUUAUGGCCUGCCAUGUCUAAGGGAGCUUUUUCGCUUCCUGAUCUCACUGACCAACCCACACGACCGCCACAACACUGACGCCAUGAUGCACAUGGGCCUGCAGCUGCUGACUGUAGCACUUGAGUCAGCACGCAUUACUAACUACCAGUCAUUACUCGGACUGGUCAAAGAUGAGCUCUGCAGACAUCUCUUCCAGUUGCUGAAUGUGGACCGUAUGAACCUCUACGCUUUCUCCGUACGAGUUUGCUUCUUGCUUUUUGAAAGCAUGAGAGUGCAUCUUAAGUUUCAGCUUGAGAUGUACCUAAAGAAACUGAUGGACAUCGUCACGUCGGAGAACAUUAAGAUGCCCUAUGAGAUGAAGGAGAUGGCUCUGGAGGCACUGGUCCAGCUGUGGAGGAUUCCCAGCUUCGUCACUGAGCUGUACAUCAACUAUGACUGUGACUUCUACUUCUCCAAUCUGUUUGAGGACCUCACCAAGCUGCUGUCCAAGAAUGCGUUCCCAGUGUCGGGGCAGCUCUACACCACCCACCUCCUGUCACUGGAGGCUCUGCUCACAGUGAUCGACAGCACUGAAGCCCACUGCCAGGCCAAGGUGCUCAACAGCACUGCUCAACAAGACCAGUCAGAAACACUGCUAGAAGAGGGAGAAGCUUCCACCAUCAACGGAACAGACACUACAGCUGAUCUUAAUAGUCUGGGCAGCACCGAUGAUCUGAGUCUUCCACCAGCUGAGAAUGCACCAGUGUGUCCACCAACCAGUGGACAUCUGAUGGCAGAGAAGAUGAGACUGGGUAGACAGGAUCAAGGAGACAAUGACUCUGCUGAGAAGAGAGCCCUGAAAAAGCCUCAACGUUUCUCGUCAUUUUUACCUGAUUCCCAAGAGUUGGUGGACAUUAGAACCAAGAAAAAGCUGCUGAUCACUGGCACAGAGCAGUUUAACCAGAAGCCCAAGAAGGGAAUCCAGUUUCUGCAGGAUAAAGGUCUGCUCAGCAGCCCUUUAGACAACGACCAGGUGGCCCAGUGGCUCAGAGAAAACCCCCGACUGGACAAAAAGAUGAUCGGCGAGUACGUCAGCGAUCGCAAGAACAUGGAGCUCCUGGACAGCUUUGUCAACACGUUCACUUUCCAGGGGCUACGUAUCGAUGAGGCCCUGCGGCUCUACCUGGAGGCGUUUAGACUCCCUGGGGAGGCUCCUGUCAUCCAGAGACUCCUGGAAACGUUCACAGACAACUGGCAUGUAAGGCACAUUUGGUCAAUUUAAUUUUACAGUCUGUAUUACAAUCUAUUAGCACAUUCAGAUUAUUAGAGAACAAGAUUUGUAGCCCAACUGUCCAGAGCUGUGGACCUGUUAUACUUCUGACUCAAGUCAGAUUUUAACUACCAAGGUGAACUCAGUAGAGUGCAGGUCUCUCAUUUAUCAUCGUUGCGUACACACAAAACCAAACCUGAAAGAGGCGUAGGCCACUUCCCACACAAAAGUUGUGAUCUAUAAAAACAAACUUGACAGGAGAAUGUGCACACCUGAAACUUGUGACCAAUGUGUACGCACAUUUUAGAGACGCAGGUGACGCGGUGAAAUGAAGCCAGACUGUAGAAAUGAAAUGUGAGAGGCGUCAUUAUACGUAUAAAGACGCCUCUCACACAUGUCACUUCAUACCUCAUGUGUACUUUGCACUUAUAACUCCUCUUCAUCAUAAACAGUCAAACCAGCAGUGUUAGUUGUGCUUGUAUUAGUGAGCUAUAACUAUUCCGUACGCACCAUUCAAUUGUAAAAGAUAUAAAGCAACUCAAUAUUUCACCAGCGCUUUCUGCUCUCCUCAGAGGAGAAGAGAGGGCCGAUGCACCAACACUUACUGUAUCUUCAGCUGUGGAGAUAACGUUAGAAAGUGUUAAAGACUUGCAGAACAGACCGUCAAAUGUUUUUUUAAAUAUUACCAAGUAUGGCUUUAGUUUUUGUGAGGAAAAUUGCUGCAGUGAAAAUGACUAUUUAUUCAUUUAUGGUCUAUUCCAUAGAGACAAAUGCAGCACACUGUAAACAGACAAACUGACAACAGCUAUGUAAUGUCACCAUGGUGACUGUCAAUCUACCUUCUCCAGUCACCUCACUUGGCAUGUGUUCAUCACUUGCACAUAAGGAGUGUGGAAAAUAAAGCCAGUAACAACUCUGGCACAAUCACUCCAUAUCCAUAUUAUCAUAUAAUACAAUCGAGCCAAAACACAAAGGGAAACUCACCGAGCUGUCUGUCCAUUCAGCAGCGGCUGAGUAGUGGAGAGGCACAGCAGUGUGUGACUGCGGUCAAGUCAGCAGACACUCAGAUCUCCGUGGUCAACUCAGCAGACACUUAAAUUUUAGUGCAGGUCAACUCAGCAGACACUUAAAUUUUAGUGCACCUAUACGCUGAAACCUACGGUAAACGCAACCAAACGGCACAGAUCGGGAGCAAGCGAAGGAUUUUGCAAAGUUAGCGGAAAGAUUAACGUGAAAC